AAAAGAAGCGUGCCCUGCAAUGGUCCUUUCUUUCUCUAGAGAGAGAGAGAAACUGAACUGCCAUUUCUCUCUCUCCAUAAAUAUGUACGAAGGUAAAUAUUUCGCAGUGUGGUGGAGAGAGAGAGACGUCGGUUUUGCCUUUUUUGGCCGCAGUAAGCACGCACAUCUCUCGAGCAACAGAGGUCAGUGAACUGCUCUCGAUAUACAGUUUAGAAUCCGAUUUAACGUUGUACGUUGUUUUUGUUCGUGUCUAUACUCCGUUGUGGAGUUUUUUUUGGGUCAAUUUCGGUUUUUCUUUUUCCCUGGGCUACGGCUACUUAGUUCGACGAGCGUGAAGCGAAGAACAUCGAAGAGUGGGAGAAGUGAUGGAUUACGAGAAUGAUCGAGGUCCCUCCUGGAAUUGGCAAAAGCAAUAUAAUCAGCAGAAAGAGUCCAGUUACUAGUGCACGAUGAUGACUGAAGUGACCUUGAACCAAGAAGAUCACUCGUAUAUGUUUGAUGAUGAAGCCACUCCGGUUAAGGCAUGUGUGGAUCUGGCCUACCAAAUGACAUCAGGUGACACAGACAAAACACUGGAAGAACAGAGCGAGACACAUUCUGUUCUAAAGAGGCGUCGGGUGUUACAAUUCGAAGACCAACCUGCGGGAUUCUCACUGUUAAGUGGAGAAAAUUUUUCUGCAAUCCUUGACGAAACUGUUAGAGAGGAUCCAUUUGAUGAGAUUUUACCUGAAGGAGCUCAGCUUAUGUCAGUAUUUUCAGAGGGAGCUUCUCCCUCGAGUUUUGAGGGCCACGAUCUCCAUUCUGAAGAGUGGUACUCUGAAUGCUUUAAUGAUGUGGAGACACCAUCCGUUCCCGAUGAUUUGAACUUCACCGGUUUAUCUGACCGUCAAAUUGAUGUUUCGGAAUACUUGAGCAUCCCUCCAGAGGCAGAGGCCAUCGAAGUUCUGCAACGGGUUACUCGAUCUUCUCCAAGCAUCGUCUUUAAAGGAAGGAAAUCUUUUACAAGACCGGCAUCGAAGCUACCAUCAUCGAUUGCAUAUCCGUUUGCAAUCAUCAAACCAUGUGGAGCACAUGGUGACACUACACUAAAGGACAUAAACCAAAGAAUCCGAACUCCACCAGCAAAACCAAAGCAAGGAGAAGGAGCAGACCCUCCUCCAGUGUAUCAUCAAACCUCUGCAUUCUCGGGGAAACCCGUUGUCGGAAAGACCAGAAUCCGAACCGAAGGAGGAAAGGGAAGCAUCACGAUCAUGCGGACAAUAGGCUGAAACCGUAGUAAGUCCAAGGAGAUUAAGUAGCUUCCCCUCUGAUGAUAAUUUUCUGCAGAAAAUGAAUCAUUUUUUUUUUUUUGGAUUGACAGGGAAACCAAGUGUUCUACGGUGUUGUUGUAGUGAUGUGGAAUAGGGUUUGUUUGUAUAAGAGUUUGAUUCCGUACAACGUAUGAUCUAAUCUGGAAAUGAAACCUGCAACUGGGUUAUGUCUGUUCAUGGCCCGAAGAAAAGGCGUACUUGUGUCCGAAGAGGACGUUACAAGGUGAAGACAGAAGCGAAACUGUGAGAUCGCCUUCUCGAAUCGUUUCUUGGAACUAAUUUUCUUUUUUCAAAUCCAUAGCUAAAUUUGAAAUUGUCGAAUACGUUGUGUAAAAUUCCAACUUGAAUCUUCUCCAAUGUCACGCA